AAAAAUCUAUACAAAGAUUUAUGUAAAGAAGAUGUAUUACUUCAGUUACAAGCUCUUGGGUUAGUAGGAAAAGUUAUCACUGGGCCUUGGAUGACCCUUCUGUACAAAAAUGCAAUGGGCAGGACAAAUCUUCAAAUAAGCCAAAAUUUUCAAUAUGCUGUUAGCAUGUUGGAGAAAUUGAUUGCUAGUCCAGUGCUGAUUAAAAGCCACACAACAAUAUUUGAGGAAGUCUCCCUCAAACAUGAUGAUGUCCAUGCAGCACUUUUAAAUAGGGCACAUGACAGUGUUAAACUAGAAAAUAUUUUGUCUUGUUUGUUGCAAGAAACUCUUGUUGUUAUAAAAAGGCAGAUGGGCAGUUAUUUAUCAGAUCCAUCUGAUGAAAUGCUUGAGGCCACCAAGUCUGCCCCCCCACACAAUAUACACUGUGAGAGAAUACUAGGAAUGGCUGAUUUUUUAAUUCGUCGAGCGCCAAAUGCCACUAUAGGUUUUGUAGAUUGCAAGGUUAAAGCUAAAUUAAAUAAAACAAUGGAGUGGCUUGAUGCAAAAAGUAUCAAUGAACAAAAUCAGCUAAUUGAUUUUGCUAUAACUGAAGGUGCUCGCAGGCGAAGAUCUCACAAAACCCAACAGCGAGAAAUAGAAAGUGAAAUCAUACAGAGAAGAGAAGAAUCAAUUAAAAAGAAAGAAAAUAAAGAAAGAAAGAAGUUAAAGAUAGAUGUUGUUGAUAAGUUGGCUAAAGGUCAGUUAUUUAUAAAUGAUGAAAUAUUCUGCAAUGUGGAGACCAGACAAAAACAAGUAUUAGCUAAAAUUAUCAAUGGAGAGGAUAUGACUGGCCAACUGCUAAAACACAAGUGGGAAUGUAUAAAUGACAAUGACACCUUUUAUUUUGGUAGAAUAGUCUUAAGACUCUCAGCUAGUGAGACAAAACUUGAUAGAUUUGUAAUUGCUUAUUGGUCAAUUGAUGAGGAAAAUAGUGAAGACUCAGAACUCAAUGUAGAUACUUUAAUAACUGAUAUGAUCAGUAAGCAUCUGAUGUUUGAGUUUUAAUGUACAAGUUCUUUUAGAAGUUAUAUUGUACAAUGUAUAAAUAAAAGCUAUAUCCAUUGCAAUGCACAAAGUUAGUCUCUUUAUAAAACACAAGAAUGUAUAUAAAAUAAAUUUAUGUGACUGCUCAUUGUUCAACAAAAUAAAAUUCUAAGUUCAUGUUUGUCAAUAUGUAGUUAUGAUAUCUG